GUAAUAUUCUGACGAACCGAAACGAAAAAAACCCUAGUUUCCGUUUAAUUGAACGUAGAUCUUUUUCGAAUAUAUUACGCAGACAUCAAGAUGGGUAAACCUCGAGGUCUUCGUACAGCUCGUAAACACGUAAUUCAUAGAAGGGACCAACGUUGGAAUGAUAAAGAUUACAAAAAAGCACAUUUAGGAACAAGGUGGAAGGCUAAUCCCUUUGGAGGUGCCUCACAUGCUAAAGGCAUUGUUUUGGAAAAAGUUGGAGUCGAAGCCAAACAACCCAAUUCUGCUAUUCGCAAGUGCGUAAGAGUACAGCUUAUUAAAAAUGGCAAGAAGAUCACAGCUUUUGUACCUAGAGACGGCUGUCUAAACAACAUUGAAGAAAAUGACGAAGUUCUAGUAGCUGGAUUCGGACGUAAAGGUCAUGCUGUUGGUGACAUUCCUGGUGUUCGUUUUAAAGUAGUAAAAGUUGCAAAUGUUUCUCUACUUGCUCUUUAUAAAGAAAAGAAGGAACGUCCCAGAUCAUAAAUCCUUGGUUACAAACUUUUAAAAAUUUGUAAUUAACAAUAUAAAAUGGAAUUAAUUUAAUUAUACAAGUCUAAAAGAUAAAAGAAUUGUUUUGUUAU